AUGCGUUUACUAUUCAAAAGCAUUUUGUGUUUUUGCUUGGUGGCUGCGUCGGCUGGAGAACAGACUAAUGAUCAGAGCACCACGACCACUAUCACUCCUGCCACCACAACUGUCACCACGCCUGCCACCACAGCUGCCACCUCGCCUGUCACCACAGCUGUCACCACAGCUGCCACCUCGCCUGUCACCACAGCUGCCACCUCGCCUGUCACCACAGCUGUCACCACAGCUGCCACCACGCCUGCCACCACUCCUGCCACCACACCUGUAACCACUCCUGCCACCACGCCUACCACCACGCCUGUAACCACUCCUGCCACCACACCUGUAACCACUCCUGCCACCACGCCUACCACCACGCCUGUGACCACUCCUGCCACCACACCCGCAACCACGCCCGUAACCACUCCUGCCACCACGCCCGCAACCACGCCCGCAACCACGCCCGUAACCACUCCUGCCACCACGCCCGCAACCACGCCUGUAACCACUCCUGCCACCACGCCCGCAACCAUGCCUGUAACCACUCCUGCCACCACGACAAAAGGACCCUGCACUCCAAAUCCUUGUAUUGGAAAUGGAAUCUGUGAACAGCGGCAUGAGGGCUUUUUCGUUUGCACCUGUCGGUCUGGGCUGGUUUACGAUAACACCACAGGCUGUAUUCCAGCAAAGGUCUUCCCUGGUGAUUUAACUUUAGAUGACACUUUUCUAGCCGGUAUGUCUGACAAGACAACUGAAUUGUUUAGAAAAACAGCUGAAAAAAUCCAGGAACAGCUCCGGGCUGUUCUCCAAGAUGAUGCUGGCUACCUUUAUUCUCUUGUUUUGAGUUUGAAAAAGGGCAGUAUUGUUGCAGAAGUGCAGAAUUUCUAUGGCGUUUCAUCAGUUGCCACAACAGAAUCAGUUGGAAACCUGAUAAAAAGUAUACCAAAUGCAACAUUUAACGGAAAGUCGGUGUGUGAUGUUGGUUUCUGUGAUGAUACCAGCACAACUUGUGAGGGUGAUGGUAUUGCAGUGUGUACCUGCCGUAGCGGGUACAUCAAGUCAAAAUUCUCAUCUCAAUCCUGCUUCUCUUGUCCCCAUGGGGAAAAAGCAGUUGAUUUAGAAACCUGUAAAAAGUGUGAUUUUGGCUUUUCUGGAUUCAACUGCAAGGAACCUUACCUGUUGGUCGUGGUUGUGGUGUCCUGCGUGUUGGGCACAUUGCUGAUCAUAUUUGUUGUGGCACUUAUAGUUGUGAGCAGCAGGAAACAAAAAGUAAACAGCUCACAGUCCAAGGAAGAUUUUAGCGUGGAAAUGCAUAAACCCAUUGAAGUUCCCAGGAUCCCCCGGGUCAAUCCUACUUCAAACUGGCAGCCUGCAAAUCUGGAAGUGACCAAUAGUGGGAGCACUGAGGCACUGGUGACCAAAAGUCUGCGAGACAACAAAUCGCGCUACACUACUUACGAUAAUGACAGUGAUGACGGUAGGAACGGGAAUGAUGAUCCUCCAGUGUACGGUGGGGUCAGGGUUAUGGAAAAUGGUUUAAGAGGCAACCAAAACCCAUACUAUCGGCAAGAUGAGGACAGAAUGCGCAGAUAUUAGCUGCACGGGAUAGAUCCUUGUUCCUCAACGUUUUUCAAAUAAAAGGCUGAAUUACAUUUUAUUCAUUUCUUAAUUGACCAAAAUAUUUUCAAGAA